AUGCGGAGGCGGGGCGGCGUCGGACGGCCGCCGCGCUGCCGGCCCUGGCCGACCGGAGUCCUGUCGCAGGUCGUGCGGCUCAAGUGCAGCCCGCGGCCCUUGGAGAGGUCCCUGCCCCCACCCCCACCCCCCCCACCGGGCGCGGUUGGCCACCCUGAGCCCCACCCGCCCCUGGCCCCUCGCACCCGGCGCGCUCAGAGCCGUCGGCUGCCUUCCAGCCGGCCGGCCUGCCGGCGGCCGUCGGACACACCGUCAACCCAACUCUUGGGUCCCCGCAGCCCCAGCCCCUCCCCCGCGAGCCUCUGGCGGCGGGCGGCGAGCGACGCAGUCGGGCCCCCUACGCGCUGCGCCCGGAGCGGCGGUCGGUAUCGGUGCUGGAGACGGCGGCGGCGACGGUGUCGUGGCGGCCGCGCGCUGCUCUCUGAGCGGCGGGUGGUGGUGCGGCCUAGACCCUCACUCCUGACACUUUCCCUCCCCCAGCGCACCGCGGAGUUGGCCACAUCUCAACAACUAAAGGCAUGCAGGGAGCAGCUUCUUACAAGAGAAGCGGAAAUCGCGGAGCUGAAAGCCGAAAGGAACAACACCAGGCUGCUGCUGGAACACCUGGAGAUCCUGGUUUCCCGGUAUGUGCCGUCCCUCCGGAUGACGGCGGGCCCGCAGCAGGCGCAGUCCCCAGCCAGCAUGACCAGCGAGGUGGAGCUGCUCAGGGCGCUGAGAUUGCUCUUUGAGCACCACAAGGCCCUGGACGAGAAGUGGAGAGAGCAACUACGACACGCUCUCGAAAGGUGUAGUUCCUUAGAAGAGGAAUUAAGGACCGCAGACAAACAGGUGCAGAGCCAGAGGGAGCAGGACUGGGAGUCCGCGCAGCAGGCCCGCGUGGUGGCCAGCGUGGCCCAGGCCUUCGAGAGUGACGAGGAUGUGUCUGACGGCGAGGGCGACGGGGUCACCCUCCUCAGCUCGGCCGGUCAGCUGCCGCCCAGUGGGCAGGCCGAUGGCGACACUCUUCCUGUGAUGCUUCAGGAGCAGCUGGAUGCCAUCAACGAGGAGAUCUGGUGGAUCCAGGAGGAGAAGGAGAGCUCGGAGCAGCGGGCCGAGGAGACUGACAGCAGGGCGGGCGGGUCGCGCUUAGGCAGCCUUCGGCGUUUUAAGUCCCUGAGCUCCCUCAACCUGUGUCCUGCCUCCUCACUUGCCGGCUCCUGCCCGCCCAGCAGGGAGCGCUCCCCACCCCGAGGGAGGCAGCACAGCCCGGAGCUCCAGGGAGAUCGGCUGGACGUCCUGACUCCUGUAUGUGCCUGCCUCCUCCCUGCCGCAUGCCUCCCCGAGCACACUGUUUUUCUUUCUUUCUUUUUUCUCUUUUUCCCCAGAAGAAAAUCAGGUGCAUUUACUAUGCUCAGAGAGCCGCCCUUGCGGUGCGAGGGGCUGUCCCCCAGAACAGCCCGAGUGCCUGUGCCCCGAGAGGACAGCCGCGGGGGGCUGGCCCUCCAGUCCCCUAGCUGCCCAGCUCGCUCCUGUCUGUGCGUGUUCAGACCAGCCUGGAGCACGGAGGGCUGGGAACCUGUGCAGAGCCAGAGGGAGCAGGACUGGGAGUCCGCGCAGCAGGCCCGCGUGGUGGCCACCGUGGCCCAGGCCUUCGAGAGUGACGAGGAUGUGUCUGACGGCGAGGGCGACGGGGUCACCCUCCUCAGCUCGGCCGGUCAGCUGCCGCCCAGUGGGCAGGCCGAUGGCGACACUCUUCCUGUGAUGCUUCAGGAGCCGCUGGACGCCAUCAGUGAAGAGAUCCGCCGGGUGUCCGGGGGCCCCGAGGCCUGCCUGGGCCACACGCGCACAGCUACGCCCCUGUCCCGGGCCUGUGUCCAGAGCGGCCGCAGGCCGGUGACCGUGCGCAGGACCAGGCAGAGCUGCUGCUCAGAUAGUUCUCGUCACGUCAGCCCAGGCCGAGGUGCCCGUCCCUGCCUGUGUGCCGAGCACGCGGGGCUCGGGGGGAAGGCAGGGGUGAACGGCACAGCCAGCCAUCGCAGGUGGAUCCAGGAGGAGAAGGAGAGCUCGGAGCAGCGGGCCGAGGAGACUGACAGCAGGGCGGGCGGGGCGCGCUUAGGCAGCCUUCGGCGUUUUAAGUCCCUGAGCUCCCUCAACCUGUGUCCUGCCUCCUCACUUGCCGGCUCCUGCCCGCCCAGCAGGGAGCGCUCCCCACCCCGAGGGAGGCAGCACAGCCCGGAGCUCCAGGGAGAUCGGCUGGACGUCCUGACUCCUAUGCAUCAUGCGCUGUAUAGACAGCAGAUGCCGCUCCCAAGCAGCCUUCAGACACCAUCAGUGGCCGCUGCAGGGUACCCUGGAGGAGGAGUCUGCUGGUUCCCGUUGUGCCAUCUGAAGGUGCAGAGCCAGAGGGAGCAGGACUGGGAGUCCGCGCAGCAGGCCCGCGUGGUGGCCACCGUGGCCCAGGCCUUCGAGAGUGACGAGGAUGUGUCUGACGGCGAGGGCGACGGGGUCACCCUCCUCAGCUCGGCCGGUCAGCUGCCGCCCAGUGGGCAGGCCGAUGGCGACACUCUUCCUGUGAUGCUUCAGGAGCCGCUGGACGCCAUCAGUGAAGAGAUCCGGUGGAUCCAGGAGGAGAAGGAGAGCUCGGAGCAGCGGGCCGAGGAGACUGACAGCAGGGCGGGCGGGUCGCGCUUAGGCAGCCUUCGGCGUUUUAAGUCCCUGAGCUCCCUCAACCUGUGUCCUGCCUCCUCACUUGCCGGCUCCUGCCCGCCCAGCAGGGAGCGCUCCCCACCCCGAGGGAGGCAGCACAGCCCGGAGCUCCAGGGAGAUCGGCUGGACGUCCUGACUCCGCCUAGUGAGUUAAGGAAGCAUCGUCGAAAGCUGCCAGCUUUAAUGGAAGAGGAAGAAGACGAUGAGACCAGCAUCAAAGGUGGAACCUCGAGCCCUGCCUCGCCACGGUCCCUUCGGCUGGACCGGCUGCACACGGGGGCGCUGCGCACGGCCGGCCCCGAGGACGUCAGGGACGCCCGCAACUCGACCGGCUCUCAGGACGGCCCCGGGGGCAACCCCAGCAGCAGCACCAUCAGCCAGGACUCGCUGCACAAAGCCGCGAAGAAGAAGGGCAUCAGGUCCUACAUCGGCCGCUUGUUUGGCAAGAAGUAAAAGGGCCGGCCUGGACUCCCGCAGAGGGGCCCUGGCCCCGAAGAUGCUGAAGUGAUGGAGCCUCUUGUCUCCGGAUCCAAGGGCAUGAACACCCCGUCGCGGGGCGCCAAGGUCACGUUCUCUGCCGCUGAGGGCUCUCCAGGGCCGACCUCCGGAGACCCGCCGACCCUCCACUCCCAGGGCGUGGCCUCCGUGCCCCCUCGGGACCAGGCCGGCCUGUGCUCACCCCGAAGCUCAGCAGGAGUGAGUCCUGACUGUGGCGGAGUCCAGCCUCUGCGUUCCCGCCACGCUGCCGGGUCCCAGGAGCGCGGGAGGAAGCGUGUAAACCGAGAGUGCGCUUGUGGGCACGAGCUGCUUCAGGAAGCCUGGAGACAAGGCUUGGCGUUUGCACAAUGGGAGGGGCCGGCUGCUGUGGUCUGGCGGGAGCUCUGGGUCGGGAUGCCGGCCUGGUAUGUGGCUGCUUGCCCAGCCAGCGUGAAGAACGACGCCAUCAUGUCCGCCCUGUUGGGCACAGGGAUCCAGCGUGAGAUCGGCAUCAAACCGCUGCGCCAGCUGAAGCUGCGGCUGGCGAUCCGGGAGAUCACGUCCCUGAGCAGCCCCUCCGCCCCUCCCACGUCCAGAACCACCUCAGGAAACGUCUGGUGAGCACAGGAGAUGGAGGCACUCAUGGCCACGCCGCCAACCGAGGAUGAGGAGGGAAGCUGGGCUCAGACCCUUGCAUACAGGGACGUGAGCCUCGAGCGGAUCGGCACCGAGUGACUGCCCAGCCUGGGCCUCCGGCAGUGCCGCAGCUACCUCAUGGAGUGCCUUGUGGACACGCGGAUGCUGGACCACUUGACCGAGAAAGACCUUUGCGGACAACUGAAAAUGGUUGACAGUUUUCACAGAAACAGUUUGCAGUGUGGAAUUGUGUGCCUGUGAAGGUUGAAUUAUGACUGAAAAGAACUGGAAAGGAAAAGAGAAGAAAGCCAGAAUGAACUAGCACAGAAUGAAAGGCUAGUCCCGUCCUUGCUGUCCCCACCCUCGGGCCCCUGCACGCUGUCAGUCGAUGGGGCGAAGGAAGAAGGCUGGGUGCCCGGGGCUGCUGUGUCCCCACUUGAUGGCAAGACAGACGGCCAGACAGCCUGGGCCGGGGUCAGGCUCUGUGGCUCAGACGCCUUGUGCACGCGCCCCCCAUGCCGCCAGGGUCCCGUCCGUGACAGCGGCGUCUCAGGGGCUCCUUUCUCCCCGGUUGGCGGUGCCGGCCACACUGGGGGAUCCCAGAGGGAGUGUGCGCUCACCCCGAGGGAGCGGGGCCUGGAGGGUCUCUUUGAUCAGCCCCGUGCUCUGCCCUCCCUGAAGCGGCCUGUGGAGAGCGGCAUGGCCCCCAGGACAGCAGAUCACGGGGCUCCAGGCCACGAGGGCCCGGCCACUGACCCACAACGUGGCGGGAACGCAGAGGCUGGACUCCGCCACAGUCAGGACUCACUCCUGCUGAGCUUCGGGGUGAGCACAGGCCGGCCUGGUCCCGAGGGGGCACGGAGGCCACGCCCUGGGAGUGGAGGGUCGGCGGGUCUCCGGAGGUCGGCCCUGGAGAGCCCUCAGCGGCAGAGAACGUGA